AAUGAAUUGUUUCUUAGAGGCAAUUACUUCUUGUGAUAAUGCAAUAAAAGUUAAUCCUACUGCCUAUCUAGCAUUAAAUUAUAAGGGUAAUAAAUAAUUAAAUCUAGCUUUGGCAUUAAUAAUGCUAGGAUAUGCUGAUGAAGCUUUAAUAAAUUGUUAAUAAUCUUUGUAAAUAAAUAAAAAAAAUAAUUUAGAUGCAUAUCUUUUGAUAAGUAUUUAUAUUAUUUUAAAUUAGCUUUUACUCUAAAUAAAAAAUCAUAAUUUUAAUAGGCUAGAAUUUAUUGUGAUUAAGCAAUAUACGAUGAAAUUAGAUCUGCUAAUAUAUAUAACAACAAAGGUACUUAACUUUCAUCUUAGGUGUUAUAAAUUAGGCUUCGCCUUAUUAAAUUUAAAAGAUUACAAUGGAGCUAUAUAGUGUUUUCAGGAAGCCAUAAAAAUCAACCCUUAGUCUGAUGAAGCAUUUUCUAAUAUGGGUUUAUAAUUAUAUUAUUCUUAGGUGAUUCAUUAAGCUAUUUAAAUCAGUUUGAAGCAGCAAUUAAUAAUUAUGAUUACGCUUAUUAAAUUUCAAAUAAUGACAAAUAUAAAGUUAAAUAGUUGACGUUAGAAUUGGAGCUUGAAAAGUCGCAAAUAAAAUCGAUAUUAAAUUAUUGA